GCCAUGGCGGAGCCGAGCGCGGCGGACCCGCUUCAUUUUCACGCUGUGUGGUCUCGAAGUGAUGGGCUGAGCGCAAGGCCCCUCUCCAGGCACCCGUGAGUAGCAAUGAGGGGCUCGUUUUCCAGCCGCGUGUCUGACCCGCCCGCCCUGGGACGUCCCCGGCUUCCCGAGUGACGAGCGGCGGAGCGGGGAGAGCCGGAGCGCGCGAUGGCAGAGAAGUGCGACUGCAUCGCCAGCAUGUACGGCUACGACCUGGGCUGCCGCUUCGUCAACUUCCGACCGCUGGGCUUCGGGGCCAACGGGCUGGUGCUGUCCGCCCUGGACAGCCGCAGCUGCCGCAAGGUGGCCGUGAAGAAGCUGACGCUGGGCGAUGCCCGCAGCGUCAAGCACGCCUUCCGCGAGAUCAAGAUCAUCCGCCGCCUGGACCACGAGAACAUCGUCAAGGUCUACGAGGUGCUGGGCCCCAAGGGCGCCAAGCUGCGCGGGGACUUCUUCAAGUUCAACAUGGUGUACAUCGUGCAGGAGUACAUGGAGACGGACCUGGCGCGGCUGCUGGAGCAGGGCAAGCUGGCCGAGGAGCACGCCAAGCUCUUCAUGUACCAGCUGCUGCGCGGGCUCAAGUACAUCCACUCGGCCAACGUCCUGCACCGCGACCUCAAGCCGGCCAACAUCUUCAUCAGCACGGAGGACCUGGUGCUGAAGAUCGGCGACUUCGGCCUGGCCAGGAUCGUGGAUCAGCACUACUCACACAAGGGGUACCUCUCCGAAGGCUUGGUGACCAAGUGGUACCGCUCCCCCCGCCUCCUCCUGUCGCCCAACAACUACACCAAAGCCAUCGACAUGUGGGCAGCUGGCUGCAUCCUGGCCGAGAUGCUGACCGGGAGGAUGCUCUUUGCUGGGGGCCACGAGCUGGAGCAGAUGCAGCUGAUUCUGGAGACAAUCCCCGUCAUCCACCAGGAGGACAAGGAGGAGCUGCUGAAGGUGAUGCCCAUGUUCAUCAACAGCACGUGGGAGGUGCGGAAGCCGCUGCGCAAGCUGCUGCCCGAGGUGGACGGUGAAGCGAUUGAUUUUCUGGAGAAAAUACUGACAUUUAACCCCAUGGAUCGAUUAACGGCCGAGAUGGGCCUGCAGCACCCCUACAUGAGCCCGUACUCCUGCCCCGAGGACGAGCCGGUGUCCCAGCACCCGUUCCGCAUCGAGGACGAGAUCGACGACAUCCUGCUGAUGGAGGCCAACCAGAGCCAGAUGUCCACCUGGGACAGGUACCACAUCAGCCUCUCCUCCGACCUGGACUGGAGGCACGACAAGCCCCACGAGAUGGACGAGGUCCAGCGGGACCCCCGCGCGGGCUCCGAGUCCACCGCGGAGGAGGCGCAGGUCGACCCGCGGAAAUACUCCCAGAGCAGCUCCGAGAGGUUCCUGGAGCUGUCCCACUCGUCCAUGGACCGCGUGUUCGACGCCGACUGCGGGAAGUCGUGCGAUUACAAAGUGGGGUCGCCCUCCUAUCUGGACAAGUUGCUGUGGAGGGACAGUAAGCCCCACCACUACUCGGAGCCCAAGCUAAUCCUGGAUUUAUCCCACUGGAAAAGGGCGACCAUAGCACCCGCAGCUGAGCUGUCGCUGGAAGAGGAGCCAUCCAACCUGUUUCUGGAGAUCGCCCAGUGGGUGAAGAGCACGCAGGCGGGGCUGGAGUGCCCCAGCUCCCUGCCGGAGAUGCAGGAGCGCAGCCUGCCCUCCUCUCCUCACCACCUGCACAAGGAGCCCGCGGAGGUGAGCAGCGAGACCGACCCCGACUUCGACCUGGACGUCUUCAUCUCCAGGGCGCUGAAGCUUUGCACGAAGCCCGAGGAUCUUCCGGACAACAAGCUCAGCGAGAUCAACGGGGCCUGCAUCUCGGAGCACGCCGGGGACAUGGUGCAGGCGGAGGUGUACCAGAAGGAGCGGUGGUGAGCCCCCGCGGGCCCCGCUGCACCCCUGUUCCUCCGGGGCGGUGCGGCCGCUGCGCGGGGCCCGGCGGCUCCCGGGUGUCACCGAGCGUCCCCUCUCCACACUACCCAACGCCUUUUCCGGGAAAGGCAAGCACAAACCACGCGCCCCUUGCGAUGCCUUAGAAGUGCUUCUAAAGGUAACCAGAGGUGCGAGCGAAAUCCUGGGUUUCUUACACUGCCUUAACAAUCUUGCCUUGCGAUCUCUGGGACCUGUUUGAAGCUUAAAUGUACGAGGGGAAGAAACGACAGUACAUGGUAGGUUUACAAACAGUAGUCAAACAGACUUAUUUUCCUUUCUUUUUCUAUAGCAACUUGAAACGACAAGGACACAAUUAACAUUUUCAGUACGGUCAGAUUCCCUCCUGGGUGGACAGGUUCCCAAAACGCCAAACUCUGAGCCGCUCUGAGGCGCCUGUGCGAGGACAGGUACGGAAUAAAGUGAUGCCAGCCGUCAGUCAGCACAGAAUGGAACUAGAGGUAGAGUUUGGCCACCAGACAGAAAAAUAACUCUCUGAGAAUACGAAUGAGGAAGAAAUUUGACCUACAAAGUACGGGCCGCUGGGGAUCUGUUUUAUUUUCUCUGAGGACAAGACAAAAUUUUUGCUAAGUGCAUUUUGCUGGUUAGUGGUUUCUCACACCAAAAGCUUCCCUUCAGUCGCGGGGGAUGCACGGGGAUCUGAGCUUUCCGAGCACUUCGGAGGGCCCGUGUGAUGCACUUCAGGGCGACAGCCUGGUGCUCGGACAGCUGCCGCUAGACCAGCGAAUUCCAGCGGGAUGGGGAGGGCUGGGCGGGCGUGAGAGCUGGGAGCAGGGAGCGACGCUGCCCGGCACCUCCAGCCACACGGACCCAGCCAGGGCUCAGCUCACACCCACCUCUGCUGCUGAAAAAGGACUCAAAGUGCUACAGGCUUUCCUCCUGACAAAGAUCUCGUGAAGAAAACAACAGUUCCUGUGGCAUGAGCUUCCUAACCGGCCACUUUGCUCCCAGCUUCUCUGGGAGAUGCUGGUGUCAGCGGGCAACUGUGUGUAAAUAGAUGAAGACACGGCUGAUCUAUCUACUGUACCUUCUGUUUCCAUCCACACUUCUGAGCACCUUAAUAAUGAAUCAGCUAACAAGAGUUUGUAUAGGGAAGAAAUGUUCUAUACUUAUAUUUAACCCAACUCGGCAGCUUUUUAAAUGGGAGAUCUGUAAACAGUGCCAUACAAGACAGCUUCUGCUUUCCUCACCAUCCUGCUGCUGUGCUGCCCGGCACAGCGGCACUGCUGGCGUUUGUACAGGAGAAACUGCUGUAUUUAGUACUGCAAGGCCCAUAUUUAACUAUUCCUGUGUGGAUUAUUUCUACCCUUUUAACAAGCAAUCCGCUGAACGCUCUGAGACGUGAAGAAACGCGUGUGAGGCUCCGAUGACUAGCAGCAGUGCUUGCUGCUUUGCUGGUUUCCGUUCUUGCUGGGACCAGGGUUAGCUGUGGCAGGCCUUGACAAGCCCAGAAAGGUGUUCCUGUGUGAGGAUCUCGCGUCGGGGCGAUGGGAAUGCCACUGCUCCAGCCCAUCGGCAGCACUGGUGUGAAGGCAGCCAGCUGCAAGGAUGGCAUGGGGCGCAAGUCCAGCUGCAGGGGUGGGGAAGGCAUUUGGAAGGCAAAGCUGACGGAGGAGGCCUGAAAAGGCAAAGCCAUUUGUCUCAGGUCCUUGCUGAGAGCGUUUGCAUGUCCCCCAGAGCGGUUUAGAAAGGGGAAACGGGACAGAGACAGAGGUUUGGUUUCUGGGGUGUUGCAGAUGAUUGAUAUACCUCAACUAAAGCUCAGCACUUUCACUGGGGGUGGGGGACAUUCCAAUGGAAGGAGCAGCUGCCCCGCACUGGAGCAGAUCCAACUAGCCCCGAAGACCACGGCUGGCUGUCCUUGGUCCUGAUGACCACGGUCCUGCUGACCACGGUCGUGCUGCCCACUGUCCUGCUGACUGUGAUCCCACUGCCCACAGCCUCACCACCCAAUAUCCCACUGUCCAUGAUCCCACUGCCCACUCUCCCACUGCCCACUGCCC